GGCGGAGACAGUUGCAGUGCCAAACAAAUCAGUGUGCCGAUAAUUGGCUAGUUUAUCUAUAGGUGCCGACCCGAUUACACGCCGCACAAUGGCCGACGAAAUCAUGGAUCACGAAGACGCGCCAAAAAUCAACAUCGCUGGCGCCAUCGGCGAAAAACUACAGGAAUCCAUCAAAAACAUGGACGUAAUGUCUAUGCUCAGAAACAUGGUCGACCAAGUACCUCAAGACGAGGAUGCUGAAGGCGUGCAGGAUAAACUAAAAGAUGUCAUAGAGAAAUAUAACGCCAUGACAGAUGAGGAAAGGGAGGAAUUUACCAGUAAAAUGAAAGAGGCAAUAGUGAGCAAGAUCUCGAUGAAAUUGCAGGAUCCUAAUGCGAUUGAUAUGAGCGGUAUUCAGGAGGCUAUUGAGGAAGCUGUUAAGUUUCAGCUGAUGUUGAUUGGUGGAGCGAUAAUUCUGUUCGUGAUACUCUUAGUAUUCUUCGGCUACAAACUAUACAAGUCCAUAAAAGACAAAGAAGUUAAAAGGGAAGAAAAGAAGAAAGCGAAGCAGAUGAAGAAGAAGAAAUGACCUACCGACCUGACCAUCGACAAACUGUACUCUAGUUUUUAUCGUUUUAUCGCUGUGGAUAAAACUUGUCAUGUCAAAUUAUUAAAGCCUGACUAGUAAUAUAUGAUCAUUGUCAAGAGGGCGCUGUUAUUCUCAUGUACAGGAUGACAGUUCAGUAUAGUAUGAAAAUAUUAGUUCCAGUGAAAUUCCGCAACAUGGCGCGUGAUCAUAUAUUCCCGGUCAGGCUGUAUAUGUAUUUUGACUAAUGCGUGACGUGUUUUAUUCUCAAGUCAAUUGCAUCGUGGUUAAGAAAUGACAUGACAAUUUUAUCGAUAUCGAUAAACGAUAUAAACGUGACAAAGACAGACUCGAAGCAUUUACAAUUUAACAGUUUUUAUUUCCUAAGAAUAUAAUAUAUGUUUUAUUAUUUCUG